AUUAACAAGGAAAACUUAAUUUCUCUUCUUCCUAUUUCUUUUCGUUUUUGUAUCCGUCGUUGAAUGUUGCUAGGAUAAACGAAGCUAACAAAUAAAGGAAAACGAAAACAAUGCUGUUGCUAAGCAACGGCAAGUUUGAUUGAAACUGUUGGAUUUUUAAGAAAGAUUUUGUGUUUUGGUUGUUACAUUCUCGUAGUUUUACUGGUGUAAUUAGUGAAAAUGGCCAAUAAUUCCUUAGCCAGCAAUGGUCCUACCAGUGAAGACAUACUUAAUGAGGAAUUUUUGCUUAUUGAAAAAUCUUGCGAAUCCAAAGAUAGUGACGAUGAAAUAAGAAACAUACUCAAUGAAUUAAAAAGACUGUCAACGGUUAAGAAUAAAGAUACUGAAAUAGGAGAGGAUGUUGAGGACGUUGAUAUGAUUUUAAAAAGAGCGGAAGACAUCGCACAUGAGACCAAGAAUUUGUUAAAUAGUAGUCCAGUUAUAAGUAUACCGAAUGGUGUUUCAUAUAAUACGAUAGAUAAAGUACCUCAAAUAAAAGUUACGAAGCACGUAACCAACGAAAACAAAAUUGAAACUGAUCAUAAAAUUACUGGACAUCAGAAGGAGAAUGAAGCCAUAAAAGUGAAUGUUAAAGAAAACACUGAAAAUCGUCGUAAAACAAAAAGACCUUUAUCCGCCGGGUUCGUCGAUUGUAAGAAAAAGGAGGUUUGUAAAGUGAAGACAACCAAUUCCCCAAAACGGUCACUGUGCAGACAUGAAAAUAUAAUUGAAGAAUUAAAAGAUACGAAUGAACGAGUGAAAUCUCUAGAAUUAUUAAAUGUACAACUUACAGAAGACAAUAAACUAUUCAGGAAAAAACUAGAUCAAAUCAAUAAUGACAAACAUAUCGCAGAAUUAAAAGUAAAUGAAUGUGAAAAAUUUAUUCAUAAGCUUUCUAAAGAAUAUGAGAAUAAAAAUUCGGAAUUAAAAUCAUUGAAAGAUUGUGAAACUCAUAUUAGAGCCGAAUUGAAUAAAGAAAGAAAUGAAAGAAAGAGUUUAACUACUCAACACGAGAAAGAUAUUAUAGUUAUCAAUGAUUUACAAAGACAAGUCAAGGAAAUGGAAAUGAUUUUAAAACGUAAACAUCCUGACUCUGUCUCCGCUUUGAUUGUGGCAUCAAAAUCAUCGACAGUUGAAGAUAACAAAAAGAAAUUACUAGAAGAACGAAUUGCGCGACUGGAGCAGGAAUUAAAAGAUAAAGAAAAUCAUUUCCAAAGUAUACUUGUUACAUUACAAGAGAAGUUUAGUGAUAUGAAAAAUAAAUAUGAGAGCCACAUUAUUGACGUCGAAAGACAAUUAAUGGAAGAUCGUAAAGUUAAUACGGACCUUAAAAAUAAAGUCAAUAAAACUAAUCUGAAAGAUUCUUCGGUUCAAACGGUGGCUGUUAACCGACAUGCAGCUGGGACUCAGACAUUUUCAAAACCAGAUAGAGCUUCUUCUGCGGUUAGCCGAAUAUCGCAAAACUCAACUUUAUUUUUGAACAAAUUAAAAGAAGACAGUUAUCUCAUAGCCACUAUCAAAGGUUUGCAAUCCGAGUUGACAGUGAAGCAACGAACAAUCUCCAAAAUUAAUAGAGAAACAGAAGAGUUGAAAAAGAAUUUACGGAACUUGCAAAAAGAGAAAGAAGUGUUAGCCAAUUUACAUCCACAAAAGAGAACACCCUGUAAGCAGGCCAAAUCUGUCGAGAACAUUCUGGCUAAAGUCACCAAUGAGUUUGAAAUGGAACUUGCUGAAGCUAGAAAACAGAAAGAAGUUCUUUCACAAGAAAAGUCAAGCUUGCUAGAUUCGCUGAAACGAACCAAUGAAGAGUUUAUAUUGUUGAAGAAAAAGCGUAUACAAGACCUUCAUACUUUACAAUUAGCACACGAAAAGGAGCUAAUGCAAAUGAAUAUGCAGUUAUAUCCGUUGCAAGAAGAAAUUAAGUUAUUGAACCGGACGGUCGAAAUCCUACAAGAACGCGCCAGGGCCGCCGAUGAAAAGUUGCGAUGUAACGGUAAGAGAGAGAUAGACGUCAGGGCUGGUGGCGAUAAUCCCACUUCUAAUCAUAAACGUUGAAUUUACUAUUUAGAAUAUCAAAGUGCAUUUAUAGGAUAAGGAAACGAACAUGUUUUUACAAGAAAAAGAAAGUUUUUUUUUUUUUUCAUUUUUUUAUUCGUAAAUAUAAUUUUUAUUUAAUGUAUUAUAGAUAUUACGAUGUUUAAGUGUGUUUUUUUAAUGUCGGUGAUUCCUUAAAGCGUACUCACAAUGUAUACGUUUUAUUGUAGUUUAAAAUUCAUAGUAAUAAUGCAUUUUGAGGCUUAUUGGGACCAUUGAUGAUGGCUAAGAUAUACAAUAAUAAAGUGCCCUUCGUUUUUAGACUGUUAUUUAAGGUCGCACAAAAUUGUAGGCUUAAAAAUGUGCUUUAAACUGUUAGUUCUCAGACAAAACAUUUGUGCGUAAACAUUUGUUGUCUCUAUUUUUUUCAUAGAGAAUGAUAGUGAUCACAACAUACGUUUUUGUGCAAAUGUUCAGUGAAAAUUAACAGUUGUUUUUUAACAGCCUCUAGUCAAUAUUUUCAUGAGAUUUUUACUCUACGAAAUAAGUUAUUGUUGCGGUGCCUUAAACGUGUUAAAUAAA